UUAUUAACCGGCUACUUUCCCUCUCCAAUCUUCUGCACAUUAUCCCACACCAUACUUCCUCGACCUCUCCCCCCGUCUCUCCGACACUAUCUCAAUCACAUUACCAAAAUGCCUCGCCAAUUCUUCAUCGGUGGUAACUUCAAGAUGAACGGUACUGCGGAAAGCAUUACCGGCAUCAUCAAGAACCUCAACGACUCCAAGCUCGACCCGUCGUCCGAGGUCGUCAUCUCCCCUCCCGCCCUCUACCUGCUUCUCGCUCGCCAGGUCGCCAACGAGAAGAUCGGCGUGGCUUCCCAGAACGUCUUCGACAAGCCCAACGGUGCUUUCACUGGUGAAAUCUCCGUGGACCAGCUCAAGGACGCUAAGAUCAACUGGACCAUCAUUGGACACAGCGAGCGUCGUGUUAUCCUGAAGGAGUCCGACGAGUUCAUUGCCCGUAAGGUCAAGGCUGCUGUUGCCGGUGGCGUUAGCGUUAUUUUCUGCAUCGGUGAGACUCUGGAGGAGCGUGAUGCCGGUAAGACCAUCGAGGUCGUUACCAAGCAGCUCAACGCUGCCGCUAAGGAGCUCUCCAAGGAGCAGUGGGAGAAGGUUGUCAUCGCCUACGAGCCCGUCUGGGCCAUCGGUACCGGCAAGGUCGCUACCACCCAGCAGGCGCAGGAGGUCCACGCCGCUAUCCGCAAGUGGCUGAACGAGACCAUCUCCGCCGAGGCUGCCGACAACACCCGCGUCAUCUACGGCGGCUCCGUCAGCGAGAAGAACUGCCGUGAGCUCGCCCAGGAGCCCGACGUCGAUGGUUUCCUGGUUGGCGGUGCCAGCUUGAAGCCUGCCUUCGUCGACAUCAUCAACGCCCGUCUGUAAACAAACAAAAGUCGGACUUAUUAGUACUCAAUGAGCAACCGAUUGCCAGCAGAUAUUAGCCGGCUGGUAGCCGAGUCUUGAAAGACAGAUUUCGACUUUGCUAGGAUACCCUGGCUUUGCCUGACAAGGCAAAUUCACGUUUAGUCAUGUAUAAAUGUCCAAAAUGGUUAUAACGAGUUCAGAAUUUACAUACCAUGAAUGCAAUUUAAUGAACUUAACUUUUCAAC